AGUAAUGACAGAAUUUUCAUUUUUGGGUGAACUAACCCUUGAAGCUGAGACUAAUUUAAAUAUAAAUCACUGUGCCACCCCUGCAAUGCAGUGCCUUAACUGUGUUCAAAGUCUAUCAUUAUCAUAAAUAAAUUAAAUAAAAUAUUUCUAUACAUAAGUCGAUGCAUUGUUGUGGCAAAUAAAUAAAUAAAUUAAUUAAUUAAAGACCAUUUAAAGUUAAAAAGCCUUUAUUAUCACUCCGUUACAAUUCUACCAAAAACGUUACCCCAUGCAUAUAAUUUCUUAGCCGUUUUAUUCUUGCCUUCAUGAGUUGUAUUUUUAUCUUUUGGAAUAAUUUGUUCAGAGAAACUGUGAACAUGAAAGUUUUAUUUGUAAAACUGCUGAAUUUAAUUGUUUCACUCACUGAGUAUCAGCUAUAUGAAUAACAAUCCUUCACUCCUGUCUGUUGUGCUUCUCAUAAAAUAGCUUAAUAUGCAGAUUAAAAAAUUUAUAAUAAUAUUAAUAGGUCUAAUAAUAAUUACUGGAACUUGUUGACUGUUCAGCCCCCUGACUUUAAACUACACUACCCAGGAUGCAAAACGUCGUCAAGAAGGGAAGUCUAAUUCUAAGCCGCUUGGAUAAAAAAAGCUAACAGCUGAAGUAUUGUAUUACACCAGAGGAACCUGACAAACCUUUAAUAGGGCAAGGGCGACACAAAGUAACCCGACUGGUCACGCUCUUUAAAUCUCUCAGAUAUGACGCGGAAAUUAAGAGCACCGAUAUUUGAUUUGACACCAGAAAUUUUAGUCUCAAGUUAUGCCAGCAGACGCAGCGUGGAGCUCGAGCUGUAGGGAGCCCCUGUGGAUUUAAACUUAAAGUAAUGUUUCUUGUUCUUCUUGCCAUCCUUAUGGACCUUUUGAAUUAUGGAUCGACUCAACGGCAUACGACUGUUGACUGGAGCGCAGCGUAACAGGUCGUAAUGCCGCACUAUUGGACGGUACCUAACAGAUCCAGCUGGGAGCUCCCAGAGCUGAGAUGUGGGCAGAUCCAGGCCAUCAGUGAUUCAGACGGUGUGAAUUACCCCUGGUACGGCUGCACCACUGAGAUGUACACAAUAGUGGGCCCAACUAAGAAGAGCACCAAACUCACUGUCAGCAUGAACGACAACUUCUGCCCAAGUGUGACGUGGAGUGUCCCAGUGGGCACCACUAGCAGUCCCCCUCUCCUGAGCUCCAUCCAGAGGGACCAACGCUUCACCACUUGGCUGGUGGCCAUAAACGAAUCCACAGCUGAGAUGGUGCUACUCCGAACCAUCCGCUGGAGGAUGCAGAUCUGCGUUAAAGUGGAUCCAAAGAAGCCUCUGGGUCAAAGAGCCACAGUUAUGGAGCCACUGAUCCAGGAGCAGCCUCAAGUCCUAGUUAGGAACGAACCCAUCCCAACAAACGCCUUGCUUAAGCCUAAUGCCAAUGAUGCCCAGGUUCUAAUGUGGCGGCCUAGAAAUGGGGAGCCCAUUGUGGUCAUUCCCCCAAAAUACCAUGAAGGAUAUUUCCUUCCAUCUUAACUUGAAAUGAUUAAAUAUUGCUAAUUUAAAUGAAAUAUGGCAUGGUGUGAGUGAGAAUGCUAUUAAACAGGGCUACUGAUUUAAAGUUUUAAAGAAACAAAGGUAUUAUUUGUGUAUUUACUGAUUGUUAAUAUUCUGUUUAAGGACACAUAUUUAUCACGUUGUGUACUGUUUUGUUUUUUAGAUAUUUUAAUAUUUGUAAUUUGUAAGACAAAACUGCAUGUGGCCUUUACAUGCUAAGGACUGAAAUGUGGCCUUAUAAAACCGAUUAUUGUGAAGUAAACUAAAAUCAUUUGUUCAUACAGUAUGAGCUGAUUAUUACAUGUAUAAUGAAGGUGGUAUAUUUAUUUUUAGUCUGGUGUGGCCAAUGUUUUGUUGCCUUUUAUUUUGUGCAAUUACAGGAAACACAUCUGCAAAUGUCACUUGUGUUCAUGGCCUCUUACAGAAUGUUCCCUGGACUACAACUGUGAAUAAUUUAAUUGUCUUCUCAUGUUUUAAAAGGCAGCUUUUCAGGAGUACAAGCUGUUUCAGGUACUUCAUCUCUCUCUCUCUCUUUUUUUUUUUUUUUUUUUUUAGAUGUGGAGAUCCUUUAGGUGGAAUAAAAGGUGGAAACACUACAAUAAAAUCAAUGUGUCACUGUUUUUUUCCCA